CAGGAAGUGUGCGCGCAAGCUACCGAAACCAUAACAUUGCAUGGAACUCUAACUACACGUCCUUCUAUCGUCUCAUAUCUCACACUUUUACGUGUCCUUGUAGCUUGUUUUUUUUUUUUUUUCGCCCAGUAGUUGCUAAAAAUGUAAAACAUUUGACGUACUGCGUUUUAAAAACAUGUCGCUAGCAUACUGCUGCUGUGCGAUGACUCGUGUCACUGUGCGACGGUGACCAAAAGAUGACGCAAACUGACGAAACUGUCGUAAAAAUCAGAAUGUGACCCACUGCUCAGCCCCGCCCCUCCCCUAAAAAAAAGGAGUCUUGUUUGUGCAUUUUAAUUUAGGAUGCCUCGUCUGGAGGAGUUGGCCAACGUGGCCCUCAGGGUGCCCAGCAUCAUGGCCCUGGACCUGCUCUACAAGUGUGACAUAGACAGCUUAACGGAGCACCUCAGGGCCAAAAACCAAGACAUGCUCUUCAAAUAUAAAUAUGUCAUCUGGAACAUGUACUACCUCGGUCACGUGAUCAACGCGGUGGUGUUGGUGCUGCCAUUGAGACACAUCGUGACGCUCUACCUCCACAUCCUGGCCGCCAUGUUGCUCUACAUGGGCCACCAGAUCUCCAAGGAGUAUAUUCGGGAGGAGAUGCAGUCUGGCUACGAAGGCGCGGUGUACCUCCAUUCUCUGGCCUUCAACAGAUUUGUGUCUGCGCUGACAAGUCAGAUCAUCCUCAGCACGCUGUGUGCCUUCCUGAUGAAGACCAGGAAGCUGUGGCUCUUCUCCGCUCACUUCCUCCCCCUGCUGGCCAGACUGUGCACUGCCACGCCCUCCACGCUGCUCACGCUCAACGUCCUCUCCUCGGGACUGACGGGGACCGCCGUCGCCGUCUUCCUCCUCGCCAACCUCUUUGUGCCGUAUCGCCUCGCCAAGGCCGCGUAUUCACAGCUGCUUCAGGUCGAGGUGCUGGAGCUGUACAGGCUUCUGGCGGUGGGGAUCUCCCUGUGGAACCAGUUCGCAGUCCCGGUGCUCUUCAGCAUCUUCUGGUUUGUCCUCUUCGUCGUCCACCUGUGCUCCGACGCCAUGUCAGGCUCCGCCUCCACCUUGCACCAGGGCGUCACGUUCUUCCUGCUCACAAGUGUUUCGGAAUGUUGCGCAACACCGUACUCUCUCCUGGGUCUGACCUUCGUGGUUUCCUACCUGGCCCUCGGACUGCUCAACCUGUGCAAGUUCUACCUGGGGGGCUACGCCGCCUUGCAGAACGAGAACGUCAUGCACAGGGGUGUGACGGAGGGCGUGACGCUGCUCCUGCUGGCCCUGCAGACGGGCCUGCUGGACAUGCAGGCCGUGCAGCGCACCUUCCUCCUCAGCAUCAUCCUCUUCAUCGUGGUCACGUCCACGCUGCAGUCCAUGAUUGAGAUCACCGACCCGGUGAUCCUCGCCCUGGGCGCGUCCCGCAACAGGAGUUUGUGGAGACACUUCUGUGGCCUCAGCAUGUGUCUUCUCCUGCUGGUCUUCCCAGUCUUCAUGGCUUACAAAAUUUCCCAGUUCUUCCACAUGGACUUCUGGCUCCUUAUUUUGGUGUCCAGCUGCGUGCUGACGUCCCUUCAGGUCACGGGCACGCUGCUCGUCUACUCUCUCUUCAUGGCGGAGCUCUUCCGCAGCGAGCCCAUCGAGAACCUGGACGAGGUGAUCUACUGGGUCAACGCCGUCAGCCGGGUGCUGGAGUUCAUGGUGGCGCUGUGCGUGGUGGCGUACGGCACCUGGGAGUCGCUGUUCGGCGAGUGGAGCUGGAUGGGCGCCUCGGUCAUCAUCAUCCACUCCUACUUCAACGUCUGGCUGCGGGCGCAGUCGGGCUGGCGGAGCUUCCUGCUGCGACAGGAAGCGGCCAAGAAGAUCAACUCCCUGCCCAGAGCCACGGCGCAGCAGCUGCAGCGGCACGACGACGUCUGCGCCAUCUGCUUCCAGGAGAUGAGCGCCGCCGUCAUCACUUACUGCGGCCACCUUUUCCACGGCAACUGCCUCCGCAAGUGGCUCUACGUGCAGGAGACCUGCCCUAUGUGCCACCAGUCGGUCCAGCCCGCCUUGCAGGCCGACCUCGGACCCGCGGACCCGGGUCCUCGGGAUGUGGAGCCGAACGUGGACGACGACGACGGCGGCGAUGACGCUCCCGCCGAGGAGACAGGUAACAUGGCGGCGAACGACUCCGGCGAGGAGACGGUCCGGGGUCCGGGUUUUAGCCCCGGUGGCGACUCGGGUUCAGGACCGUCGGCCCAGCAGGAGGACGGCUCCCAGAGUUGCGGGGACCGUGGGGUGCGGACAUCAGCGGGGUGCGGUCAGUCCACAGGAGACACCAAUCCCGAUGACGGUCUCCAUGGUGACCACCACCAGGGGUCCGUCCAAUCAUGUCCAAACAGCACAGAACUUUCAGGACACACCCGCACACGUUCAGAACUGGACACGGGGAAGCUCUGAGAGACACAAAAGCCCUCCACUUCCCACUCUUGGCACCUUUUUUAACAUUUUCUCAUCAGUUUUGGCCUUUUUGUCCACAGCUUUUUCCUUUUGUGAAGCUAAGGCUUUGUUUUUUUGCUACUCAGCAAAAACUGACUUACACAAAAACCCCUGAAGCACUUAUUAGGGAUGUCAAAAAAAAAAUUCUUUCAAAUUUUGAUUACAUUUUUUUUUUAAUAUGUCCUAUUCAGCCUUUUAGGCAAAUCAUAUUUUUGAUAUAAAGGAGGGGUGUCAAACUCCUUUUUUUUUUUUUUU